ACGAAUUUGCGUUCUAGUUCGAUUGUGUAUGGGGUGGAUUGUACGUGUAGUAAUAUAAUAGGUAUAUAAAAAGAAAGAGCACGAGGAAGGUAUGCAUAUGUGUUCUGUAUCCACAUUCCACAUUGUCCUGUAGUACGAAGACUGUAAGCGGCCUCUAACCCUCAUAUUCAACUCAGUCAAGCUUUAUCAUAGCGAAAGAACGGUAUCUGGAAUACAUACAUAGUGAGUAUAGUUUAUACAAUGCUGUACGGGUAGUGUUGGGUUGGGGAACACUGUGGAAGAGUGAAACAAGUAAGUGGAGGACUGGUUAGGUGAAGACUCUACUAGGAACUGGCUGGUCGGCCAUUGUAGACAUGGCGGGUGUUAGCUUACGUGAGUGACGGCAAUUGUGAAUAAUUAUCAUUGCGGAAUAUAUAUACAUAUAUAUAGAUAUAUAUAUAUUCAAAAAAUCAGUGUUUUCGUGUAAAUUUGGCGGUACAAGAAGGAUAAUUUGGUGUCAUAUGAUUAAUCCGAUAGGUAAAAAUGCAGAAUGUAGCACAAGGAACAACUUCGGAUAGCCAGAAACACGAUAAAGCGAGUGUACACGACAUUACGUCGUCGACUCCUCAGUCCUCGAACUCUAGCCCCACGAAGUCGGAGACCGAGACCUUUUCAGAACUUCAACCACGCUUUAUGACAGACUCAUCAGAGAGUGAAGAAGACAGCAUUUCCGAGCCAGAAUUCUUUCGUGCUGUAAUCGACGAAGUUGGAUCAGGCUUGGAUCGAGAUCAUUGCAGAGAAUCUUCUAAAUUUUUAUUAACACCUGAGGCUCCAGAACGUUCGGUAGAUCCUGAGACUCAGGCAAGAUUGGAAGCAUUAUUGGAGGCGGCAGGAAUUGGAAAAUUAUCAUCAAGUGAUGGGAAGCAUCUACCUGACCACGAGGUACUACGACGAUUAACGUCAAGUGUAUCUUGCGCGUUGGACGAAGCGGCUGCCGCACUUACACGUAUGCGCAGCGAUAAUCCUCGUACGCAGAACGAGAAGCGUUCUCUCGUAGAAGCGUGCACCGACGGUGACGUCGGCACCGUUAGAAAACUCCUCACUGAAGGUCGUAGUGUUCACGAAACUACGGAGGAAGGUGAGAGUUUGCUUUCCCUUGCUUGUUCAGCUGGAUAUUACGAACUUGCACAGGUACUUCUAGCCAUGAGUGCCAGUGUUGAAGAUAGAGGCAUUAAAGGUGAUUGUACUCCAUUGAUGGAGGCUGCAAGCGCUGGUCAUGUUGAUAUUGUUAGUUUGCUUAUUGCUCAUGGAGCUGACGUUAAUGCGCAAUCUACAUCCGGUAAUACGCCAUUAAUGUAUGGAUGUGCUGGUGGCCACGAGGAAGUAGUGAAAGUUUUACUUGAAGCUGGAGCUAAUGUAGAAGAUCAUAAUGAGAAUGGACAUACACCUUUGAUGGAAGCUGCCAGUGCUGGACAUGUAGGAGUGGCCAAUAUUUUAUUGGAACACGGUGCUGGUAUAAAUACACAUUCAAAUGAAUUCAAGGAAUCAGCGCUGACUUUAGCUUGUUAUAAGGGUCAUCUUGAUAUGGUGAGAUUUUUGUUAGACGCAGGAGCUGAUCAAGAACAUAAAACUGAUGAAAUGCAUACUGCCUUGAUGGAAGCGUCAAUGGAUGGACACGUUGAAGUGGCGAGGCUUUUACUAGAUUCAGGAGCACAGGUCAAUAUGCCGACAGACAGCUUCGAAUCGCCAUUGACUUUAGCAGCAUGUGGUGGACACGUAGAUCUUGCAAUGCUUUUGAUUGAACGAGGAGCUAACAUCGAAGAAGUCAAUGACGAAGGUUAUACACCAUUGAUGGAAGCUGCAAGGGAAGGUCAUGAAGAAAUGGUAGCGUUGCUUUUGAGUCAAGGAGCUAAUAUUAAUGCUCAAACGGAAGAAACGCAAGAGACAGCACUUACUUUAGCCUGUUGUGGUGGUUUUCUUGAAGUUGCUGAUUUCUUAAUUAAAGCAGGCGCUGACAUCGAAUUGGGAGCUUCAACACCACUCAUGGAAGCUGCUCAAGAGGGUCAUUUAGAUCUUGUACGUUAUCUCCUUGAGUCUGGAGCUGAUGUUCAUGCUCAGACUCAGACAGGUGAUACGGCUUUGACCUAUGCCUGCGAAAAUGGUCAUACAGAUGUGGCAGAUCUGUUACUCCAAUUUGGAGCUGAUUUAGAGCAUGAAUCGGAAGGAGGUCGUACUCCUUUAAUGAAAGCCUGCCGAGCUGGUCAUCUUUGCACCGUACAAUUUUUAAUUUCUAAGUUGGCCAGUCUUAAUCGUAAUACUACCAAUAAUGAUCAUACUCCUUUAUCACUUGCCUGUGCUGGUGGACAUCUCGCAGUGGUGGAACUUUUGCUUGCUCAGUCUGCCGAUCCAUUCCAUAAAUUAAAGGAUAAUUCAACAAUGCUCAUUGAAGCAGCUAAAGGUGGACACACGAAUGUUGUUCAACUUCUCUUGGAUUAUCCUCAUAGUAUAAUGAUGAACGCUCAGCAUAAUGCUGGUGCACCAGCUCCUAUGCUGCAAAUGCAGCAACAACAGCAGCAGCAGCAGCAACAGCAACAACAACAACAGAUUCAACAACAACAACAACCUCAAACACAACAUACCCUUCAAAUAGCAACUCAACGACAGCAACCAGCACCACAACAACAACCAGCUAUUUCACAACCUCAACCUCAAACCCAACAAGUCCCAUUAUCCCAUCAACAACCACCAUCUAUUCAACCACAACAGCAACAUCACCAAAAACAACAACAACAGCAGACUGCAGAGAACCAGAGUCAAAAUUUACAACCGAAACAUAAUAGCCAGAAAUCUUUGCUUCGAAAAAAUCGUUCUGUUACGGUUAUGCCUGACACUAGUUUAACCUCAGCUGAAGCACAACAAGUUCGUACUCAACCUGCAGGAGAGACGGUAAAUACUACAAUUGACGAUACAAAUAUAUUGGAUAAAGGUAGUGGCAAUUGUGCCUGUCUUUCGGAACCUAAUAUUACUGUGAGCUCCGUUCCAUCACCUACGGUUUCAACUACAUCUGUUGAAAACCGUAAAAGUUCACGACAUGAGCAAAUUCUUCAUAAACAACAAAUUCUCGAAGAAUUACAGAGGGUAGAGCGUGAACUUCAGAUCAAAGGUGCUGGCCAUUUGUUUCUGGGUACGCCUGAAUUAGAUGAGCAUAAGAGACAACAACAAAAGACAGCUGAUAGUGCACCAGAUUCAACAGAUUCAUUAUUACCAGGACUAUCAAAUAUCGAUUUACCUUCACAAUCAACUGCAUUACAUGGGUUGGUUUGCGGCACGACGAGCGAAUCAUCGGACAGGCUGUUGUCACAUGAAGAUACCGAUUGUGCACUUGCAUUUUGCCGUGGGUUAUACCUUGGCAAACAAAUAGCUGCUAAUACACCAGGGCCCAUAACACCAUUACCAGCAUCAUCAUCCUCAUCGCCAUCAUCUUCAGUUGGUAUUAUUGCACCAUCUCAGACUACUGGUACUGCAGCUCUUCCACAACCUAUUGCUAGCAGUGAUGUCAGUCAGAAUACUGCCAUAAGUGAUCGACCCAAAGCUAAACCUGUGUCCAAAAAAGAAGGAAAAAACUUGAGAAAACUUAAUACUACCAGUGGGAAGUUUCUUCAGCAACAGGUUCAACAGCAGCAACAGCCUCAACAGCAACAGCAGCAACCAGUCACUCUGAUGGCUGGACCUAAACAACAAGAUAAGCGUCAGCAUGCUUAUCAGCUUCAACAAGUGCACGAUCUUCAACAGCUUCAGCAAUUAAAUCAACAAUUUCAAAUGCAAUUGGAUCAAGUGCAGGUACAACAGCAACAACAACCACUUCAACCACAACAACAGCAACAAGUUCUUCAACAACAAAGUGGCGUGGGGGGUGGCAGUGGAGACGGCGAAAUCUUUAUGCCCAGUCCACUGGUGGCACACCUCCACUCCACUCAGACCCAUCAUGACCAUCUUCAUGAUCAGCAAACAACACAGCAAAAUAUUCCGGAGCCUAUAGAACCGGAAUUGGCAAGAUUACAUAGAGACAAUGCUUGUCCAUUCUUUGCGGCUGCACAAAAAGCAAAAGAACUAGCUGCAGAAGGCAAAGUGAUGAAAUUAGGAGAUGUUCACAUACCAAUGGAUGAAAUUGCUGAAAUUAUAGAAUCCAUUACCUUCGACGAUGUGCCUAACGCUGGAGCUGAAGAUCAAGAUGAAUUAGAACUAAAAAAAUUUGAAAUUUGCGAUAAAAAUCCAGAAUUCCCUAAAGAACUGGAACCGGAUCAACAUUCACGUCAAAUGUCUGAGCAGGAUGCUAAUGGUUCUAUUCGACGAACAGUUGAGAGAUUAGCAGCCAGAGAAAGAACUUUGGAUGAUGUUUAUAAGAAAGGUUUUAAACGUGGACUUCGUAUAGCUGCGGCACAAAUCCGAGGUGAUGAAACUACCACCAUUCAAGAACAACCACCACCAUUUAAUUCAUCUCAAUGCCUGCUGUGGGGUUGGAAUCAGCAAGCAGCAUACUCAAAAGCACAAAAAGCUAGUGCUGGUACGAGCAAUACCGGUUCUAGUAGCAGCAUUAGCAGCAGUAGUACUAGUAAUAACCAUGUUCAAGUAGCAACGCAAACCCAAGGAUUGGCAUCGAAUGCAGUGAUAGGUCUUGUUGAGCCAGAUAAAAAUCAAGCGUAUACAACAAACGUUGGUGUCAAAGAUAAAGAAACUCGAGAGACUCUUUUGCCACAACAGUCAUCUUGUCAACAACCUCAACAGCAACAACAACCACAACCAUCCCAACAACAGCAACCACAGCCGCAACAACAACCUCAACAGCAACCGCCACCACAACAACAACAAAAUUAUCAAUUAGAUUCAACAACGGGAGUAACAGUUGGACAAUAUACUCCGGGACCGAUUGUAGCAACUGGAACACCUGUAGCUGCUGGAACAGCACCGGGUGCUGUUUACCCAGCGGCUACUGCUGCCCCUAAUCAAGUUCCAAUGGCACCAUUUUCAUGUAUGGAUGUUGAUUCUGAAACAGAUAGUAAUCAUGAUACGGCAUUAACACUUGCUUGUGCUGGUGGGCAUGAAGAAUUAGUUGAAUUUCUUCUUAGUCGCGGUGCGGAUAUUGAACAUCGAGAUAAAAAAGGAUUUACACCGCUUAUUUUAGCAGCAACUGCUGGUCACCAAAAAGUUGUGGAUAUCUUAUUAAAUCAUGGUGCUGAUAUUGAAGCGCAAUCCGAGAGAACUAAAGAUACACCACUUUCACUAGCAUGCAGUGGAGGAAGAUUUGAAGUAGUAGAUAUAUUAUUGAAUCGAGGAGCUAAUAAAGAACAUCGUAAUGUAUCUGAUUAUACACCACUGAGUUUAGCUGCUUCUGGAGGAUAUGUUAAUAUAAUUAAGCUCUUAUUAAGUCAUGGAGCUGAAAUUAACUCUCGUACUGGUUCAAAGCUUGGAAUCUCACCGCUCAUGCUUGCUGCGAUGAAUGGCCAUACAGCUGCAGUUAAACUACUUUUAGAUAUGGGUAGUGAUAUUAACGCUCAGAUAGAAACUAAUCGAAAUACAGCACUUACUCUUGCCUGUUUUCAAGGUAGACAUGAGGUUGUUAGUUUAUUGUUGGAUCGUAAAGCCAACGUUGAACAUCGAGCUAAAACAGGGUUGACGCCCUUGAUGGAGGCUGCCAGUGGUGGUUACGUUGAAGUUGGUAGAGUUUUAUUAACAAAAGGCGCAGAUGUUAAUGCAACUCCCGUACCCUCGUCGCGUGAUACUGCCCUUACUAUUGCCGCUGAUAAGGGUCACUGCCGUUUCGUUGAAUUAUUAUUGUCAAGAGGUACUCAGGUUGAAGUAAAAAAUAAGAAAGGAAAUAGUCCACUAUGGCUAGCCGCCAAUGGCGGUCAUUUAAAUGUUGUAGAACUUUUAUUUAAUGCCGGUGCAGACAUUGAUUCUCAGGAUAAUCGUAAGGUUUCCUGUCUUAUGGCGGCAUUCCGUAAAGGUCAUAUUAAAGUGGUUAAGUGGAUGGUUGCUCAUGUAACACAAUUCCCUAGUGAUCAAGAAAUGACAAGGUAUAUAGCUACUGUAAAUGAUAAAGAACUACUAGAAAAGUGUCAAGAGUGUGUUAGAAUAAUUCGAGCUGCUAAAGAAACUCAAGCUGCAAAGGCUAAUAUGAAUGCAUCUAUACUUCUUGAAGAAUUAGAUAUGGAAAAAACAAGAGAGGAGUCGAAAAAAGCUGCUGCAGCACGUCGACGUGAACGAAAGAAGAAGAAAAAGCUAGAAAAGAAAGAAGAGAAACGUAAACUGCAUGAAGAAAAUAAAAAGAAUGAAACCAUUUAUGAAGAUAAGGAAGAUGGUAAAAAAUCUGAAGAUGAAGCAGAAGAUGCCGAUCGAGGUGAUGAAAGUGACAAUGAGGGUGGUGCUGAUAGUUGUGAAAGAAUGGAUAAUGUACCAUCCCCUUCGCCUGUCAAUCGGAGUCAAGAUGAUCCCGAUAAAGAAGAAGGAGACAGUGGAAUAGAUGCUAAUAGUCAAGGCAGUUGUAGCAGUAAUGAUGUUAAAGCCAGAGAAAGAAAGAAAGACAAAAAGAAGAAGAAAAAUAAUGCUAAUAGUAAUGAUAAAGAUUCUUCUCCUCAUCGUCCUCAAUCUUCAGUUUUUACUUCUACACCAAAUUUACCCCAGAAUAACAAUCAUAGUAAUAAUAAUAAUAUUAAUAAUAAUUCAGUAUCAUCCAAUAAAAUUCAAAUUUCUGAUAAACGCGCUUCAACUAGUACUACAAGUAAUACUGUAGGAUGUUCAUCAACAUCUACAACGUUAUCAGCUUCGUCUGUUUCUGUCAAUCGACAAACAGUUGCUUCAACAUCAUCUACAGGUGGUUCAUCUGAACGUAAACAUAAAGGACAACUGGUAUUCGAGUCUUCACGACAUCCUGCUGAACGAGAAGACUUUGAAGCAACUGGUAAUGAAAGCUAUGUAUCAGGAAAAGGUAAAAAGUCUGGUGGUAACCAGUAUGAUAAUGAAGGAGCCAAUAGUAAUGUCAAGACUAAUUCAACAAGUCCAAAACAAGGUGGUAAACGUGAAGAAGGCUGGAAAGAAGUAGUUCGUAAAGGACAAUCUGAUGAUUCUGCAAGAUUUAUGAAUUCUCCAUUUCGCUCAAAGAAAGUAGCAGUUCCACCUAAUGCCAUUAGUAGAGUUAUUGGUCGAGGUGGUAGUAACAUUAAUGCAAUUCGUGGAGCAACAGGAGCCCAUAUUGAAGUUGAAAAACAAAGUAAAUGCCAAGGAGAAAGAAUUAUUACCAUCAAGGGCUCUUCUGAUGCAACAAAGCAAGCUCAUACUCUAAUAGCUGCUCUGAUAAAAGAUCCUGACGUAGAUAUUCUCCAGAUGUUACCAAAGAACAAACUAACAGUGGUUUCAUCAUCAACCUGGGAUAAAUCCAUGGUACCAAUGAGCGCCGCAUCUAAACCUAAAAUCGGUCCAGUGAGUAAAAUACAAACUACUGCAUCUGGAGUUGCUGGGUAUUCCAAUAAAACCAGUUACAGUGCGUCAGGAAUAUCAUCCGUAGGUCAAAUAAUGCCUUUAAGGACUUCAUCUACUAUUAAAUUAGCGGGUGCAUUUUCAACACCUCUUUCACGAGCAACUGCUCCACGACUUGUUGCUGCGGCGGAAAAACGUGCGCAUACUUUAACAUCUGGUCAAAUUACAUCAUUAACAAAUACUAGAACAACUAUGUCUUAUACCAAUGCUAUUAUGACAGCCGGAAGAGCUACAAGAAUUAUAACAACAAGCGCACCACAAACUUUUGCCGCAAAGCUUUCUGAUAUCACUGCCACGACUCAUACUCCAACAACGGUUAUGCAAUUGAAUCAUAAUCAUCAAAUGAAUAAACAAAAAUCAUCGCAAGCAAAUUCUGCGAUAGUAAUUUCUUCUUUAUCAUCGUCGUCGCCAUUAUCGUCGUCAUCAUCUUCAUCCUCUUCUUCGUCAUCGUCGUCAUCCUCGUUAUCGUCAUCGUCAUCGGCGACACCUCUAACAUCACCACAUCCAGCCAUGACAAAUUCAUCGCCAAAGCACUGCCGAACACUGCCUAAUCUAUCUGCUCCACCAACAAUGCCAGCUCAGUAUUCUGGUAAAACAUGUUAUUCAUCUACUUCAAUGGGCAUUUCAACGUCUACAGUUACUUCGAGUAUAUCAAAUGGACCAGAUGGCAAUAUUAUAUCAACAUCAUCUGGCCCUGUUCGUGUGACACCAUCUCCACCAGCUGUCUCUCAGUCAACUGGUUUCCAUCAGCAACAACAACAAAUGUCUCAACAGUCACAACAACAGCAAUUAGCUCAGCAACAACUUCAUCAUCAUUAUCAACAACAGCAACAGCAACAACAACACCAAAUGCGUAGCACAACUCCAAUAGUAUCAACAAUGUCUGAACAAUCUGGAAUGCAUCAAGUUCAACAAGCUACUGCACCAUUAGAGUAUUCUCUUUUUAAUGAUACUUUUUCGAAAGUCACUCAACAGUCAAUGUGGGGUGGACGUGAUAAUGAAUCUCAUCAGAAAGGAAUGAACUUUGCAACUGUUGCUGGCGGUGGAGUCUCAGCUAAUACGUCCGGUCCAAAUCAAAAUAAAUUUAUUGAUAAUGUACCACCACAAGUAGAUGCAUCUAAAGCUCCUGGGUACAGAGGAACUGCGCUGUGUUCACCUGUUUCAAAUAAAACUAAUACUAGUUGCAGUGUUGCCAGUGUAUCAUCAAGCGGAAUUCAUAAUUCGAUUCAACAAUCGCAGUAUCAGUCAGCAAUGAAUAAUUAUGUCAAUGAACAUUCAUUGUCGAACAAAUCUUCUGAUUUGGCAGUGUCAAGACCAAUGAUGAGUCAACAAAAUAUGGAGUUACCAAGUUCAGGAAUGGGUCAAUAUAGUCGAUCAAUGUAUCCUGGUGAACUUUCUUCACGAAAUGUUAAUGUGAACGUUCAACAUCAGUCUCAACGAGAAAUGCAAUCCCAACAACAAUCUCAAUCACAGCAACAAUCUUCGCAAUCAUCAUCGGCACCACCACCACCUCCGCCGCCGCCACCAUUACCACCGCAAUCUCCUCAGCAAAAACAAUCUACAUCGGCACCUCCACCGCCACCUCCUCCUCCGCCAUUACCACCACCAUCACCACAGAAACAUCAACAGCAGCAACAACAAGCUCAACAACAACAACAACAACAGAAUUCUCAACAGCAAUCUAUGCAAUCCCAACACAUGGUGCAACAGAAUUCUCAAUCAAAUAUUGAUGUUGGUUUAUUCAAAAAUAAUAAUAGUGGAUACGAUCAUUCUAAUGUUAAUUCUAGCUUAUUGAAAAUGGUACCAAAUGAUGGUCAAUCAAGUGGACAUCCUUUGUUGCCGUUUCAUGCUUCACACUUGCAAAGUUAUGCGCCAACGAUAAGCCAAUCUCAAAGUGUUAGUACUACUGUUAGUAUGUCAAGAUUAAAUCCACGAGCACCAGAUUUUUCCAGUUCCCUACAUCUUAAUAACAAAUCGCAAGUCGCCAUGUUCAAUACAGCGGCUGGAAUGCAUCCUAAUUUAUUUGCUGCAGUUCCUACUGCCCCACCAUCUGGCAUGCAAUCUAAUAAUUUAGCCAUGCUCAGUAAUUUUUCUCUUGGUAAAUACCAACCUCCUGGGACUGCUAAUAAUGCUCGUGGACCACCCAUGUCUCAUCCAUCAAAUCUGUCAACAAAUGGACAAACUAGAUGGCAAUUUGGACCGCAUAAUAAUUAUCCACCGCAAGAUGCAAUGAUGGUACAAAUGGGUUUUCCUAAUCAUUUGGGAAAUAUGAGUGCUUCUCAAGGAGGAGGAAUUGAUUUAAUGUCAGGAUUGGAGAAUGGUGGAUCACCAUCAAUGUCACCAUCAUCGCCAGCACAAGUUGCACAAGAGAUAAACCAAUUGAAACUUGAAGAUCGAAAAGUUCCACGACCUAUUGGAACGGAGAGAGCUUGGAAAAACUUUGCGGCAGGAAUGGGACCUGGAGGUGAAGCGGACUCCAUAAACUGGAUGUUAAAUAAUGAAAAAUUGGUUGGUUCGUGGAAUCUUCCUGCUGGAAUAGAAAGACAUCAGAUGUUCCGAACGAACCCUGCAUAUAAUCGUGUUUCUGCAAUGGAUGCAGAACUUCAUCAUAUGAUGGAAUCGACUUUUCAGGGUCACUUGGAAAAUGCUCAAGCAUUUUCAAAUGGAAGUGCAGCAGGAUUGGCGAUGAUGCCGGGUUUAGCUCUAUUGCCAGGACAAUACGGCAAUGCGCCAGGCUUACCCGAAAUGCCACCACCGAAUGAUACAACAAAAAUGGAUGCACCUACGUGGGGGAUGCCUGAUCCAACUGGACAAGAUAAGCACCAUCCGGCUUGGAAUAAAUGGACUCACUAAUGGAUGAGUCUUUCUUCAUGAUACACAGCUUUUUUCUGAUACUGCAACAUCACUGACAGGAUGAAGGAGACCAGGAAUUAUGCAAUGAAAAGAACAAAAAAGAAAAAAACGAAAAAAAAAAAAACAUAUUUAGUAGUAGUAGUUGAUGAAACUGGCAUAACGAAGCGUUGUUUUUAGACACCACAUUAAUUACAUUACUACCUAUAUUCAUUGACACCCAGAUCCAAUAUUACUUGUCAUGCUAGGUGAUAAGAUGGUAAAUCCUUAUUACAAUCUAUUGCUAUUAUUAUCUUCUAAUAUACUUAUUCGAUACCAAUAAUAAAUUGGAAAUGUGGCAGCGUAAGGCUAGCGCGAGCCAAGGAGCGGUCAUGUGAAAAAGAAAAAAA